CGCCGCCGCCGCCGCCGCCGCCGCCGCCGUCGUCGCCGCUGCAGCCGCUGCGCGUUCGGCGGGGGAGGAGUCGGAGGCGGAGAAGAAGGCGGUGGUGGCGGGUGGAGGAUCGAGCGCUGUUCUCGCUCUGGAGCCGCUGCACAUUUCGGAACCAUUUGCAGCUUAUUUACUGUACAAGUAAAAACCAAAUCCCAUCUGUAUUUCACUGAACCGGGAGCAUAGCCGCUGCCCUCUAUGUCGCAGUACACUGAAAAAGAGCCAUCAGUAAUGGAUCAAGAAUCCAACAAAGCUGCUUGGCCUAAACCAGCAGGAGGAUAUCAGACUAUUACAGGCAGGAGAUACGGAAGAAGACAUGCUUAUGUCAGUUUUAAGCCAUGUAUGACCAGGCAUGAAAGAAGCUUAGGUCGGGCUGGUGAUGACUAUGAAGUAUUGGAACUAGAUGACGUUCCAAAGGAAAAUUCCUCAGGUUCCAAUUCACUGGAUCAAGUCCAUCCUUCUUUACUCAAUGAACCUACAUUUGAAAAAAGUGAAACAGAAAUUCCCACUUGUGGUCCAGCACUGAAUCAAACCACUGAGAGCAGUCCAUCCAUUGCCACAGUAUGUCCUAGUGAGGAAGUCAGGGAGACUUUAGAAAGCAAUGCGGAUCAUCGUAAUCACCCUGAGGCAGAGUAUUAUUCUCCAUCAGUCUGUAAGGUCUCAAGUGUCCAGAAUGGAAUUGUGUUGGUUCAUACUGACUUGAAUGAUCCAGACAGCAAACAUGAUGAGAAGAAUGACUCUCUUCAACUCUCUGCAGAAGCUGUGGAAGGUGGUAGAUGUCAGGAAGUAUUAGGCAAUACAGUAUUUGAGCUGGAAAAUGGAGAAGCAGAGGUGUACGCUGAUCUUUCAUCAUCAGUUCCCUCUCUCAACUGUGAAAUAAGUGAUGAGUUUGAAGAGCUCGAUCCAGCACCUUUAGAGAACAGUUCUACUGGUGAUGCUGAGCUUGUCCAUCAGAAUGGGCAGGAAUUUCAGAGGUCUUCUGAAGAUGACAUUGUUAGAAAGAGGCAACAAGGUAAUGCUGAUGAGGGAAGACAGACAGAAAAUUCAACUGAAGACGUCAACUGUGUCCCAGGGCAUAUUUGUAGUGAACAGAAUACUAGUGGUAGAGCCAACCACCAUGCGAGUUCUCCUGAGCAGGUAGUAAGGCCCAAAGUUAGAAAAGUGAUAAGUUCAAGCCAGGUGGACCAAGAAAUUGGGUUUAAUAGGCAUGAGGCUAAACAAAGAAGUGUUCAGAGAUGGAGAGAGGCUUUAGAAGUUGAGGAAUGUAGUGCAGAUGACCCUAUAAUGAAGUAUGACGACCCUGAUGUAGAACAGGAUUGUAUGUUCUUGACGCCACCUUACUCAAGAGUUGCACGAAGGGAAGCAGAACAUAAUCGUGCAACAUCAGAAAAUGGAGCCACAGCUUCAGGAAGGCAAGAAGCUCGGGACAAUUCCUUUUGGAAUGGCUGUGGAGAUUAUUACCAACUCUAUGACAAAGAUGAAGAUAGUUCAGAGUGCAGUGAUGGGGAAUGGUCUGCUUCUCUGCCUCACCGAUUUUCUGGCACAGAAAAAGACCAGUCCUCAAGUGACGAGAGCUGGGAGACUCUGCCAGGAAAAGAUGAGAAUGAACCUGAGCUACAGAGUGAUAGUAGUGGCCCUGAAGAGGAGAACCAAGAACUGUCUCUUCAGGAGGGGGAACAGACAUCCUUGGAAGAGGGAGAGAUUCCCUGGUUACAGUACAAUGAAGUCAAUGAGAGCAGCAGUGAUGAAGGAAACGAGCCUGCCAAUGAGUUUGCUCAGCCAGAGGCCUUCAUGCUGGACGGUAACAACAACCUUGAGGAUGACUCCAGCGUGAGCGAGGACUUGGAUGUGGACUGGAGGUACGUGGCCUCGUUACUACAUGCUCCGGUACUCCUGAGCGGAAUUACAGUGGGAACUGCGUCUGACAGCCUAUUUGAUGGUUUUGCGGAUGGACUAGGAGUUGCUGAAGCCAUUUCUUACGUGGAUCCUCAGUUCCUCACUUACAUGGCUCUAGAAGAACGCUUAGCCCAGGCUAUGGAGACUGCGCUGGCACAUUUAGAGUCUCUCGCAGUAGAUGUUGAGGUGGCUAAUCCACCAGCUAGUAAAGAAAGCAUUGAUGGGCUUCCAGAAACUCUUGUUCUAGAAGAUCAUACUGCUAUUGGUCAGGAGCAGUGCUGUCCAAUCUGCUGCAGUGAGUACAUCAAGGACGACAUAGCCACAGAGCUGCCAUGCCAUCACUUCUUCCAUAAGCCCUGCGUCUCCAUUUGGCUACAGAAGUCGGGAACAUGCCCGGUGUGCCGCCGUCAUUUCCCACCUGCAGUUAUUGAAGCGUCUGCAGCUGCUUCCUCUGACCCUGACCCUGACGCCCCCCCUGCCAAUGACAAUGCUGCGGAGGCCCCAUAAAGCGUAACAUUGAAAUGCGAUCUGAAUUCUAUCACAGUAAUCUGCAAAGUUCUUCUAAAUCUGAUGUGCAAAUAAUGAUAUAUAAAUAUAUUUAAAAUGCUAUAUAUAGUAUAUGCCAUAGUUUAGAAAGAGAAUAUUAACCUUUCUAAACUGAAUUUAGGUUUGCAGAACAUACUAAACAUUUUCAAGCUGAAUGUUCAAGCAGUGCAUCCAUUUUCUUUAGUUGAAUAUGUUGGUGUUCAUUGUAAAGUCAGUAGUCAUCUCUGUGGCAUAUGUUACUAGUUCUGUCUGAAGUGCUGCCACUAAGAGAUCAUAAUUAAGCUCUCCUAUCCACAUCAGAUGUGAAGACUGUGAUCACAACAGUAGUAAAAUUUGGUUUCGUUGAAAAUAAAUUGAAUUCUAAAGCA